GAAAAACCGCGGUGACCACAAUGUCUAUCCACAUCGUGGCGCUGGGCAGCGAGUGCCCCGGAGGAGUGGGGCCCGGGGAGGAGAUCAUGGGCCAGGGGCAGCUGCAGGGAGGCUUGCUGUGGAGCUACCUGGGUCACGGAGCCCUGGUGGGACCCUGCGACCUGGAGAGCAGCCUGCACAACCCUGCCUUCAUGGAGUACACCUCCAGGGUGUUUGGAGAUGUCACCGUGGUGGUGCGGGAUUGUCCCAGCUGGGACCUGUUGGACAGCGACUGGGCCAGCGUACGGAAAGUUCUCGAGCAGGCGGACAUCCUGGUUAUUAAAUAUUCAGUCACCGACAAGCUGGCCUUCCAGCAAGUCAGGAACGGCUACGCCCCGAGACUCCGCCCGCUCCUGAGGCACUGGGGUGUCCCUGUCAUCCUGGUCGCUGUCGGAGCGAGGCUGAAUGACGAAGGCCCUCCUUGUACGUGUCCGUUGUGUGCAUCAGACUGGAGCAGCUGUGUUCCUCACAGUGAAGGUCUGCAGCUGUCCCGGGACCUGGGGGCCACCUAUCUGGAGCUGCCCUCUCUCAACCACGUCUUUGUGGGUCGCUACUUUGGCAGCGUGCUGGAGUACUUCAUGAUUCAGUGUCUGAAACACAAAGCCAAAGAAAGGCCAGAGAAGAGGCGAGGAAAUAAAGUGAAUGAGCUCCGUCCCCCUCACUUAGAACAACCAGCUCGUCUGCCCCCCAUCCGAGUGGAGGAGUCCAGCUUCUCCCAGGACAUGCAGUGGUUGCUGGAGCGUGGCGUGCAGUUCGCCGAUGUGGCUUUCUACGCUGGGGAUUCUGGGAAAGAGCUGGGGUGGGCGCAUGCUGCAGUGUUAUGUGCUGUCAGCCCCUACUUCAGACAGCUGCUCCUGGGGCCCAAGACCAGGGAACGCCCACAGUCACGAUGUGUUUGCAGAGAGCGAGACGGAGGCCCCCAUUCGCUGCUCUCUACCUGGGACGGAGGUAUUAUUGAUGACAUGCCGAGAUCGGAGGGACACCUGACAGGACGUCUGACCCGUCUGGUGGUGAAGGACCCCCUCCUGUGUAUGUGCCUAUGGGAGACUCUCAUGUUCAUCUACAGAGGAGCGUGGGAGUGGGAGCACCUUCAGGAGGCCCUGGAAGAAAAGCUGAAGAAUUCGCUUGCCGUGGCUCAGCUUAUGGAGCGCAUACGAUCGCUCAUCGGCAGAGACAGGGGCCCCAGGGACACGCCGAGCGCUCGGGCGGCUCAGCUCGGCCCCCAGACCCUCGUCAACCUCUUCAACUCCCCCCUUUACUCUGAUGUCAUCUUCAUGGUGCAAGGGAGCGUGCUACCGGCUCACCGGGCGGUUCUGGUGGCCCGCUGUGACGUCAUGGCGGCCAUGUUCAGCGGGAAGUACGCGGAGGCUCGGAGUCGAGUGGUGCCCAUCCACGGCGUCUCCUCAGACACCUUCCUGUCGUUCCUGGAGUAUCUCUACACUGACUCCUGCUGUCCUGCCAGUGUGCUACAGGCCAUGGCCGUGCUGGUUUGUGCCGAGAUGUACCAGGUGAAGCGACUGCAGCAUCUGUGUGAGGUCUGUGUGUGCGCUUACCUUCAGAGCAUGCCCAGCAGAGAGCUGGCAUCGACAGGCAUCAGCGUCGUCCGGCUACUCCGCAGAGCAAAGUGCCACAAUGCGGAGCAGCUGUACGUCUGGCUCCUCCACUUCAUCGCCAACAACUACCUAAUCUUCAGUCAUAAACCCGACUUCCUGGAGCUCUCAGAGGAGGAGCGCGAGCAGGUGGAGAGGCUACGCUGGCCAUCCAGAGGCUACCUGCAGGAGCUCAGCGAGUACCAGCAGCGACGACGCAAGCUACGCAAGUCCCGCUGUGUAGUCAUGUGACCACAUCUGGAUGCCAAAACU